GCCAGCUGUGCCCACACUGGCAGGGUGCCCCAGUAUCCAGGCAUCCAGGAGGAGCAGCGGGAUGGGGCAGAGGAGGUAAUGGCAGCUAGGUGCAACUGAGGACAUGAUGUAGUAAAAACGGUAAAUGCUAUUUCAAGUUAUUUUCUUUUGGGACUAGUUAGAGAAGGACUCUUGCAUUUUAGGGAUACAAGCUAUAGAGCAUGUCCCCUAGUGGGAUCGAGUCUAGAUGUCAUAAGAAGAGGUAAGAAAUGGUUAAUUUUAAGUUGUUCUUUCUUACUGGAAUAAGAUGUUUUAAAAUGUGCUAUUAGUCUGUGUUACUAAUGGCAUGGCACCACGGACUGGGAGAGUUAAGGACGAUGUAGGUGUAUUGUGCCUUAUGGUUCUGGGAGCUCAAGGUGCAGCGACUGAACCUGGUGAUGUCCUUCUUGCUUGCACGGUCCUGGGGUGACACAGAGAAGUUAAACAGCUUGGAGGAAGCCUCACAGCUGUUGAGCGGAGGAGUAUAUUGAGCUGGAGUUGUGAACACCCACCCUUUGGCUGCAGAACCCGUGGCAGUCUGCGGAAAACCAAGCCAUCCGGCCCUGGCACGCCUGGACUCUGAGUCCGGUAGCAGCGAUGUGCACAGCUGACGGGAGUCUGGUCUUGCAGCAGACCUCUCUUCUCCCCAGGGUGUAGAGCAAUAAAGGCAGACCUGACAAUCCUACAGCAAGAAGGGGCUCCGGCGCACGCUCCGCCGCAGGGGGGCGCCCCUGGCCGGCCGCUGCUAGGCGAUCGGUCCCCGCCACAGGGCCCGUCGCCUGCGAGAAGAUGUCGCUGUCCAGCGGGGAGCGCCCUGCGGGUCUAGGGACCCGCCUGUCCUGGCUGCUAUGCUGCAGCGCCCUGCUGUCCCCGGCCGCCGGCUACGUGAUCGUGAGCUCCGUGUCCUGGGCUGUCACCAACGAGGUAGACGAGGAGCUGGACAGCGCGUCCACCGAGGAGGCAUUGCCCGCGCUGCUGGAGGACUCGGGCAGCAUCUGGCAGCAGAGCUUCCCGGCCUCGGCACACAAGGAGGACACGCACCUGCGGCCUCGGGGCUCCGCCCGCGCCAGGCCCUCACCGACCCCGCGUGGAAUGUUUUCCUACCGGCGGGAGAGCGGCUCAUCCGCAGCAUCCCCUGGCCCGAGGGUGAGUGCCGGCACCGCCCGCUCCCUGGUCCACGCCAGUUCCUGGGGCUGUCUGGCCACCACGUCCACCCAAGAAAAGAUCCAAGGACUGCCCUUUGGGAGCUGCCUGGCCAUUAGCGAUGGCCCUGUCCACAACAGCACGGGGACCCCCUUCUUCUACAUGACAGCCAAGGACCCAGUGGUGGCGGACCUGGUGAAGAACCCCAUCGCCUCAUUGAUGCUGCCGGAAUCUGAAGGAGACUUUUGCAGAAAAAACAUUGUCGACCCAGAAGACCCUCGAUGUGCCCGGUUAACACUCACUGGCCGGAUGAUCACAGUACUGCCAGGAGAGUUAGAGUUUGCCAAGCAAGCCAUGUUUUCAAGGCAUCCAGGGAUGAGAAAGUGGCCCCGCCAGUAUGAAUGGUUCUUCAUGAAGAUGUGGGUAGAACACAUCUGGCUUCAGAAGUGGUAUGGGGGUGUAGCCAACAUCCCAAGGGAGGAAUACUUCAAAGCAGCCCCAAGAAAGGCCUGAUGGUAACACAAAAGUCCUAGGCUUUGCAUUAAAGUGAAGACCUUUGAAGUGAAGAAGCCAGACAGUCACCGACUGGUGUCCCUGUUGAAGGGUGCCUAGCAGCCCUGUCAUCCUGCAGCAGAAUGAGAGAGGAUGAACAGGGAACCUUGGGCUAGACUUCAGAUUCACUGGAGUGGUCCUUUGUGGAUCCACCGUUCGUACAGGCACUUCACAUAGAAAGAUUUUGUUUCUGCUGUACUCAAUCCAAACACACACAUUUGGAAAUCAUGGUGGUCAAAAGGGAAGUGGUAGUUGCUGAUCCUUUCUUUCAAAAAAAAUUAAUGAUCGUAUGUACCAUGUUAUUGCCUUGUAUCAUGAGAACAUCAUGUUACUUACUAUCCGAAAGCGAUGCUUUGAAUGGAAGCUCAUUGCAUUCAAAGAGCUGAAUGUGCACCACAUUGUGUUGCUGUGGGUUCAGGGAAAGGUGGAAAGUUUUCUCUCUGAAGGUUACUCACUAGAUGUCACAGAAUUGCCGAUGCAUUUUCUAGAACAUAUUGGUCACUUGGGGAGCCUUUUUCCCCCAUUGUAGUAUAGCAGGUGGAGGAAGAAGGUGAAGCUUUGCACACACCCUGUUCUGGAUGGGCAGACCAUUAGCGAGAAUGGGGUAACCAUGGCAUAGUGCUUUCUAGGUCCCCACUGUUAAUAUUUCUGGUAGAAAGUGCCCCUCUACCACUCAUGAGAUGCGACAUCCAAAAUAAGAAGCGCCUCCUUCCACAUGAUGUAGUGAAGGCAGGGGAGAGAGUCAAUAGAGAAAGCAAAGGCCAUGUGCAAGAGAAGGACCUCCCCUGGGGGUCUACUCACUGCCCAACCCUGGGCCAGACCCUCAACAGAAGUCGCCUCAGUUAAGUUCCACCGAGGAAGAUGUGUGUCCUUAGUGUUCCCUUCAGACAGGGAGGCUGAGGCUCAGAGAGGUCCAGUGGGUAUCCCCAGCUCAGAUUCCUGGAUUCACUGCACAUAAAGGAUGGGGUGCUACCUCCACAUUUUCCAGUUUUAAAAUGAAGGAGUUACACAGGUAGUCAUCCAGCUGGGAUUGUGAUUAUAAAGGAGAAUGACCAACUUGCCUGGAGGUCGCUUGUCACUGCUGAGGGUGUCAGGAGUGCAGGCAUAGGGAGCACACUUUGAAGUUUUUCAACAAAUCAUUUACAAGAGUUACUGGCAUUUAGAAGACACUAGACUGAAACUGUGUGUUUACCUGAGGCCUGAUUGGACCAAAGCAUGCACCACCAAGGCCAGAAAGGAUCUAACAGAAUUCAUGCUUUCUACCUUUCCAUAAAGGCUAGAAACUCUCUUUAGUGGAUCGGGUAUGUUAUAUAACUUAAAAUUACAUCACUAAUGUAGAAAAUAUACACAUUAUUAAAACAAAGCAAUUUUGUUUAACAAAAUAAGACACAAACAGAGUUUCUGUUGCCAAAAUAUUUUUAAGUACUCCUUACUAGAAACCUAGUAAGCUGCACAAUUUUUUUAUUUGACUCAAUCCAGCUCAUAAGAGUUCCCAACAAUCAUUAUUUCUAAUGUGUAGUCAUAGGGUAGCUUUGCUAAAGAUAUUUUUUAUUUCAAGUUUAAAAUUAUUGCUACUCCCAAUUUAGAAUAAUAUGGGGAAGGGUGCUAGAAGAGCAAACACCUGUUAAAGGAACUCCAUAAAUCAAUCUCAAAUAACAAUCCCUGAAGUAUCACUGCUUCUCAGGCUGAAUUACUGAUAUUCGUUUGUUAGCCUGUAUGGUCAGGUUCUUUUUAUGGAUGGUGUUUCAAAGCUUUGAAGAGCAGGUUCCACUUAGAAACACCAUAAAUCAAGACUACAAGAAAUGACUUCUGAAUAGACCAGACAGCAAGAACAAUAUUGAAAGCUCACGGGCUUGAAACAGAAUUUACACUGAAUUGAAAUGUGCAGGACUGAAUUAGAAGUUUUAGAAAUAGCAAUAAGGCAAGAAAAAUUGAAUGCAUACAAAGUGGAAAGAAAAAAAAACACAUUCUUAUUUUCUUUUUUUUUGUUUUUUAUUUUAUUUUUUUAAAUAUUUAUUUAUUCAUUUGUUAUGUAUACAAUAUUCUAUCUGUGUGUAUGCCUGCAGGCCAGAAGAGAGCAUCAGACCUUAUUACAGAUGGUUGUGAGCCACCAUGUGGUUGCUGGGAAUUGAACUCAGGACCUUUAGAAGAGCAGGCAAUGCUCUUAACUGCUGAGCCAUCUCUCCAGCCCCAACACAUUCUUAUUUUCAAUGACAUGAUUAUCUACACAGAAAAUUGCAAAUAAUCCACUUUUUAAAAGUCAACAAGCCAAGGUUGGAAGAUGGCUCAGAGGUCCUGGCUGCUCUUUCAGAGGUCCUGAGUUCAAUUCCCAGCGACCACAUGGUGGUUCACAACCUUCUAUAAUGAAAUCUGAUGUCCUCCUCCAGUGUGCAGGCAGAACAUUUUUUUUUAAAUAUUUAUUUAUUUAUUAUGUAUACAAUAUUUUGUCUGUGUGUAUGCCUGAAGGUCAGAAGAGGGCACCAGACCUCUUUACAAAUGGUUGUGAGCCACCAUGUGGUUGCUGGGAAUUGAACUCAGGACCUUUGGAAGAGCAGGCAGUGCUCUUAACCACUGAGCCAUCUCUCCAGCCCCAGGCAGAACAUUUUAUACAGAAUAAAUAAAUAAAAUUUUUGGAAAAAAAAAUGUCAACAAGCCUAAAGGACACAGGAAGGUCUUAGGAGACAAGACCAGCACACAAAAUUCAAUCCAAUUUCCAUGUGUUAAAAAACAGACAAAAUUAAAAGUGUCACUCCAAAGAAAAUUAAAUUAUUUGGGGUAUAAAGUUAACAAAUUAUGUGUGGAAUCUAUAUGAUGAAAAAAUAUUUUUAGUGCUAACAAAAGUAAUCAAAGACUUAAACGAGUAAGAUGUACCAUGUUCGUGGAUUAGAAGACACAAAGCAGAGUUGAGAUCAAUUCUUCUUAACUGGGCUCUGGGUUGGAUUCGUUUCUAUGAAAGCCCCAGCAAAAUUUUGGUAAACAUAUCUAAGCUUACUAUAAAAGUUGUGUUGUAAAUAGGAGUAUAGCUCAGUGGCAUAGCAUUUGCCUAGCAUGCACAAAGCCCUGUUUAAUCCCAAGCACCACACACACACACAGAUAGUUACAUAUUCCAAGGUGUGUAGUCUUUGAAAUAGUUUUUAAAAUUCUUUUAAAAAGAGAAGUAGGAGAAAUUCGUCGAACCAAUGAGGAAGAUCUAUUGUAUAUCAAUACUAUUCAAGACAGUUUGUUUUUAAUAGAAUCAUGGAUCCAUGGGACAAAACAGAGAAUCUAGAAAUGGAUCAAGUGUGGUGCAUUGAAUUUUUGUUUGUUUGUUUUUUCUAGACACGGUUUCUCUGUAGCUUUAGAGACUGUCUUGGAACUAGCUCUUGUAGACCAGGCUGAACUCGAACUCACAGAGCUUCACCUGCCUCUGCCUCCUGAGUACUGGGAUUAAAGGCGUGCUCCAUGACUGUCUGGCCGAAUUAUUUUUUUUUUUUUACAAAGGUAGAGGUUUAACAUGCGAGGACAGCCUUUAACAUUUGUGAUAGGGCAUGUGGACACCAUAGUGAGCCCUGGGCUAACCUCAGACCUUACAUACAAACUAAAUCAAUGGAGCUCAUGUGUGUAAGCACAUGAAUGUGAAACUACCAUGCAAUAGAAAGAAUCAGAAAACUUCAGGAACAAGGGCUCAACAGAGUGUUUUUGUACUUGAUAACAAUAGUGCAAUCCAUCACAGGAAAUUUUGAUAAGUUAGACCUAUUAAAAUGUAAAAGUUGGGUUAUACAAAGGACUCUGUUAAGAGGAUGAAGAGACAGAUGAUGGUGGCAGAAUGUCUGCAGACCACACAUCUGGCAAAAUCCUAGUGUUGAGAGUAUAUGCUAAUGUCUGCAGACUACACAUCUGGCCAAGGGCUAGCAUUGAGAAUAUAUACAAAUGUCAAGAAGGGUGUAAAGGAGACAGAUAGUGAUAUAUGCUGUGCUGGGAACAUCAGACGGAACAGGGACUGGAAAGUCUCUUGGCUGUUUCCUAAAACACUAAAUUUGAGACUGUCUACCAACCAGAAACUGAAAAUUGGUCCCACAGAAAUGAAAACGUAUAUUCAUUCACACAAAGACUUUCAUAAUAGAGAGCCAGGAGGAUGGUUCAGCAAGACUCUUACCAGGCAACUCCGCUGACCAGAAUUCAAUUCCUGAAACCCACCUAAAACAGUAAAAAGAGAGAACUGGCUUCACAAGGUUGGCCUCUAACCUCCUCAUGCACACUGCUGCAUAAUACACACACGCACACACACACGAAAAAAAUAACAAAAACACUUCCACAUGAAUUAUUCAACAUUAGAAAACUGGAAUUGGAAUCAGCUGGGCAUGGCGGUACACAUCUUUAAUACCAGCACUCGGGAGGUAGAGACAGGCAGAUCUUGGUGAGAUCAAGGCCAGUUUGGUCUACAUAGCAAGUUUCAGGACAGCCAGGGCUACAUAGAAAGACCUUGUCUCAAAUUUCUCUCUCUCUCUCUCUCUCCUGAAAUCAACUAGAUGCCCAUUAAUCUGGUGGCGAAUUAUUUAUACCAUAGAAUACUACUCAGUAACAUAAAGGAGCUAAUUAUUAAUACAAGCAGAAGCUUGAGGAAUCUGCAGAAAAUUAUGCUAAGUGAUUUAAAAAGCCAUGUAGAGCAUUCGCUUUAUUUAAUUCCAUUCAUGUAACAUUUUGAAUGCUGUGAUUUUUCUGGAAGGAGCACAGAAUGAGACAGGAGAACAGAAUUUGAACGUGACUGUAAGUGGAUAAUGACAGAUUCUUAUGGUGAGGAAGCAGCCAUAGCUUGACCUAAGUCAAUAUUAAAUUGGAGAAACUGGGUAAAAUGAACAUGGGACCUCUUUGUAUGAUUUCUUAAAACUGCAUCUGAAUCUUAAUUAUCUACAACUAUCUCAGCAUCUGCAGUUGCCUCAAAGGGAGAAUUUAAUGGAAAACUUGCUGAAAUCAGUUCUUUAUGCCAUCUCACCUGCGAGUUCCUAACAGAAUGAAGAACACAGCAAAGAGCGACAUAACAACACCUAGCAGAAAGGAGACAUGUCUUUUGUUAAUCACUGAUAUACAUAUUUGUGAGAGCCGUGUAACCCUUCUUUUAAAAGCUUUUUAAAUGUAUUUAAUUUAGUGCUGAACAGAAAUUACUAAGGACCUGACGGGGCUGGGGUGGAGCCCAAUGGAGCACUUCUAUAGCAUGAAGGGCUGGGAGUGACUCCAAGCAUCAUGACAAAGAAAAUUGGAUGGAUGUGCUGUCCAGAUUUUCUGUGGGACAUUUACGAGAGAUGAAUGUCUUCAAGUUUCUAAUAUAUACUUGCUGAGUAAGUGUGAUAAGUAACUGAGUUUGUAAAUAAGGUUCUUUCACCAUAUUAUCAGCAACCAUUUUCUAAUUACCAAGAGGGGCUGGUCUUUGCUUUCUCCUAAUGAGACAUCUAAAGUAAACCAAGACCCCUAUAUGUUUGUCAUGGCCUCCAACAGCUAUGGAGCUGGCGCUUUGUGAAAUUCCGUUACCGUCAAUGACCACACGGUACAUAUCGACUCUUGGUGACCAUGUUGUUUUAGGAUUGAAAAAUGUUCCUGAAAUUGUCCCCAAAGCCUUGUAUUUCAUCUUUAAUAACAUAGGUGUCACCAGUGAAGUAUUUAUUGAUGGUAAAAUUCUCUAGAAUACCUUAUUGAUGUUUGUUUGAUUGUAAUAGCAAGUUGCUUAUGGGAAACUUCGUUACGACAGUUAUAGUUUGCCUGUCUUGUGUAAGGCAUGUGGAGUGUGGUCUGUCUUCACACUAGGUAUGCCUGCCCAUUUUGUCAAAAACUGUUUCAUUCCCAAUACAGUUUCUGUGCUUGCCUGUGCUAUUCUAACUGUGUCGGGAUAUUUGUGCAUAGUCUUUUAUAUGAACUGUUAUAAAUUAACAUUAUUAGAUUCCUAAGAAAACAGAGGCUACUACAACGCAGCCGCUGAAGACUGUCCAGCAGAAAGGAAAGAACGAGCAGGCGACUUUUGUUAGGACCUUUUUUUUUUUUUUUGCUGAGACUGAGCGGAGCUUGCUGUCUUGCCCAGGCUGGUCUUGAACCCUAGGCUCAAGCAGUCCCCCAGUGAGCUUGAACUCUCAUGGCUUGCCGUGGAUCCUGGCUGCUAUGAUUUCACAAGGCUCUGAGUUACACAAACUUUAUUUGCUGACUUAGAGGUACUGCUGUAAAUUCUGUAAAUACUGUUGGAGAACCCAUUCCUAACAGGAGCUGUGGGCAGUUGACCGCCAUUCUUUUUGGGGGCAUGGGCCACUGUUUGCACCCACAGACAUGAACAUACAGGCAACACUACAUGGGUUUAGGGGGCUUUCCUUUUAACUAAACAAAGAAAAGAGGGCAUGAAAUUGAGAGGUGGCCUA